CAUUUGUCCCUUCACGUAGUCAGUGCUUGUGAAGAGGUUAACCUGUCUAUACAGUCAAUUCCUCCAGUCCGAUCGCUGCUUACAUCGCUCGUUUUCCCCACGCAGCUUACAGCAUUUGUACUCGUAAAAUCUACAACCUUAUUUCAGCUUUUCGUUCCAGAAGAACGAUCUCGGCAGUCGAUAGGGCCUUCAUAUUUGUGCGGAAAUGCCAAAGGUUGCGCCUCCAGAGCUGAAGCGCUUCAUGGACAAGAAGCUUAGCAUUCACUUGAACGCUAAUCGGCACGUAUCAGGGACGCUACGUGGUUUUGACCAGUUUAUGAAUGUGGUGCUUGACCAAACAGUGGACGAGAAGCUCAAGGUUGACAUCGGCAUGGUGGUUAUUCGCGGGAACAGCAUCCAGACGAUAGAGGCUCUGGAGCCAAUUAAUUGAGGAGUUGCUUGGGGAGCAUGUCCCGUUUGGUGUAGGGCAUUUCUUUUGUGAACCCCAUGCGUGUUCAAGCCUGUGGUAACGGGUAUGGGGCCCGAAUACCAGCGUUACAGGCAAGCUCGGCCUUCCGUUAAGCGUGCGUUUGGACCUCCGUUUGCAUCCGGCCCCCAAAGCAAGGGACAGUCUGCACAGCUUAGUGCCUUGCCCUCUCCUUUGCUUGGAGCCUUUUGGGGCCACUGUUGCCUUAGCUACAGGAUCCAUAAUCGUUAAUUUCAGAAAUGGACGAAUGGGGGUGCUCGGCGUAGCUGGAGCGGGUUGAUGGAGGUGUGUAUGUGGAAAACCCGGCGUCCUGUUCUACGCGCGCGAUAUUUCCCCGGGUUUGUCGUCGUAGGCCUGUUGUCAUCGUCAUGUUUGAACACUGUUCUUUUGGGGUGGCAACCUUUUCUACAUGACUUGUGUCGGUUUUGUCGGAUCAAAAUCAUGAUUCUCCUGCUGUGUAAUAUUUGGCCUACCUUCCCUGUACGAGUCAACCUACGACGCAACGCGAAACCUAACACGCAACGCGUGAACAUCGGCAGGCACAUGGACAUUGAUGUAAGCAAUCGCAAUUUUG